AUAUAAAUCCAUUCGAAUAACAUUAUAUCGGUGUUAACGAUACGCAUACGGAUAUUGAGGUAAUUAAUCCUACUGACAGCCGUUCCAUAUCCGAAGGAAAAAACAACGAAAAGAGAAGACAACACGGUGAUCUUGGAACAAGGGCUGUUACAUCUUCGAAAAAUAGAAGGACAAUAUAUUAUCUCAUCAGGAAGAAGACUGUUUUACCUCAUAGUGCAGUGAAUACGCAAACAUACAUUUUAUGUUGUGAGAAAUUCGUUCUUGAACAAUCUUCGACACCUACGCAAAACGCUCCAUCUCCAGAGGAACAACCGACCAGAAGACACUGCACGGUGGUAUAUUGGCGCAAGGGCCGUUUUUGCGUAUAAAACCGACGGCAUCGCUCGCCGCUCUCCCAUAACGCGUCGCGACGCCUCAUCCGUUAGCAUGAGCGGUCUCGUCUUGGGCGCUCUGUUGGUGUCGAGUCUGGUAGGCGAGCUGGCCGCAGGAGGACCCCUGGAAGCGACGGGGACCGUUGGCGAGGCCAGCGGGGUCACGGUGGGCAGACCGAGGAUAUUGUCGAAACGUUCGUCUACGGACCAAUUCGAAUUGAGGCGGGAGUUUCCUGCGGAGGCAUACUCUACCUCUAUGAGGAGCAAGAGGACAGAAGAUCAUCAUAUUACAGAAUGUAUAUUUAUGAGUUCAGAAGAAGGAGACUUCUAUCACAAGGCCAGUACAGUGGACGGUAAAGCUUGUGGAGCUUACAUUUUCAGUGAACCCGAUCAAAAUAUCGAAAUCCGAAUCAACUAUCUCAAUGUACCUUGUGAAAGGGGUGGACUCAUAUCGGUAGUGGAUGGAUGGGAACUGAAUGGUGAGUUCUUCCCAAGCCCACGUGACCACUUCAGGCCUCUGAGAUCUAGAUUCAGUGAGUUUUGUGGAGAGAAAAGAGUCAAACAGGUGUUUGUGAGCUCUCAAAAUGUGGCUCUGGUUCAGUACAGGAUGCCAGCUAGAGGUAGCAGUUUUAGCUUCAACGUCAAAUUUGUGAAAAACCCAACUCCUUGCAAUGUUCUGAUCCAAACUGAAGACAUAUACACUCUCCGAAACUAUGGCAAGAGAGCUAAUUGCAGCGUCAGCACCCUGUUUCCCGCCGUAGUCAAGGUCGCAGCCUUGAACGUAGGGAUCAAACCGAGUGCGGGCCGAGGGAUCGAACUCGAGACUGGGACGAUACACAAGGUUCGGUUUGAGUGCCAGAAACGAGGAUUGGAUGAUUACGUCCAGAUUGGUGGAUCAUCUGGAUUGGACAAUGCCAAUUUACAAGUUUCCGACUCUCUCUGUGGCUUGGAUUCCAAGGCAGGAAGACAUGUGGAGGUAGUGGCUUGCGAUACUACAACAGUACGUAUGGUAUCUUCAGGUGCUUUCGAUAACUCAGUGACGGUUUAUCUGAGACAAUUGAACGACGAUGAUAUAAAUGGACACAUGAACGUAAUCUGUCUUUCAGACGAUAUGUUGAAGUAGGUAAUGAUGGAAUGAACAAGCAGGAAUAUCUACAUUUCACAUUAAAAAAUCAUCCAAGACGGUGCAUCUUCAAGACUUAAAAAGUAUUUUGAAUUAUUCCUCUGUUGGUAGGUGAUGUAAUUGUAAAAAAAAUAUAGUCCAAUAAACAUAGUACCUAA